CCCAAAUUCUUAUUCCGAAAAUCUUCCACUGUAAUAUUUUGUCGAGAAUCUCACUCAAACACUCUCAGGCUCCUCCUCCUCUGCUAAAAUACAAUCAGUAAAAUGCAUAUGAAUUCAAUGUCAUAUCAACCACCGCCUAGGGCACCUCCUCCACCAUGGUUUCCGGUGGUACAACCUGAUCCAUUACUCAAUAGUUCGUUUUGGAAGGCGGAGAAUGUACACAAUCAUUUGAAGAAAUUAGAAGAAACGAUUGAUUUAGCCAAAGCAAUGCAAAGAGAAUUGGAGGCGCUACUUUUGUGUAAAGGAAAUAGUGAGUCUGCUGGGGAGUUCGAUGAUGCAAACCCUGAUUCAUCCGUUCUUAAGAUUUCUGAAGUAAUCAAAGAGAAAUCAACAAAUUUGGAGGUGCUGGAAUUGUUUUCUGUCGAAGCUGCGAACUCGUUGCUGUUGAAUUUGAAAUGUCAAAUUGAACCUUUGGGGAUUUUUAGUAGUCAAACUACUCCGUGGGAAGAGAAGUCUGCGGCAGUCCGAUUGGCUAACAAGAUACAGAAAUACGAUAGGAAUAAACGUUGGAAGAAGAAAAAGAGGAAACGUGUUGCUGAAAAGCUAACUCAGGAGCGUCAAAGGUUCGACCAGGCUGAUCAAGAAGCUGAUGAGUGGAGGGCUAGAGAAAUCGCCAAGGAUAUUGCUAGACGAAAGGUUGAGAAUAUGAAGGAAAUAGCAAAAGUUAAAGCUAAUGAGGAGAGAAAGAAACUAGAAUCUGAGCUUGAGAUGGUUUUAAUAGUGGAGAAGUUGCAAGAACUACGCUCCAUCAGAAUUCAAAAGCUGAAGAAGCAAGGGCACUUUCUCCCAGACGAGGAUGACAAGUUUCUUGAGCGAGUUCGAGCAGCAGUAGAGGAAGAGGAGCGCCAAGCUGCCACAGCGGCUGAUACUCAUGCUGCUAAGGAUGCCAUUGCAACGGCUGAGGAAUCUAGGAAAUCCAUCCAAAAUGUUGAGCCUGAGCUCAAAGAUGACAGUCAUAAUAUCGAUGGAGCUGUUGCAGAUGAGGUCACAGAGACUGAAAAGGAUGGUAGCUCCGCUGUAGCUGCAGAGGCAAAACCUGAGCAGAAGCAGUUGGAAGCAAAGGGUUAUGGAGGAGAUUCUGUAGGAACUUUACCGCUUGAGUUUUAUCAUUACUACCAUGGGAGCAACACUGACAUGGGAACCCUUAUUGAGGUCAGAAGAACAUGGGAUGCUUAUAUCAGACCAGGCGGAAGUCGAAUUCCUGGGCACUGGGUUCAACCUCCACCUCCAUCAAACCAAGUAUGGGCAUCUUACUUGGUGGAUCCAGAAGGUUUCCAAAAUUUUGAUAUAGGGUAUAUAUAGAGUAGGAAACGUCGCUUAUUCUUAAUGUAUGUGCAAGAGCAAACAAGCCACUUGAGUUUGGUUACUGGAGUCGCCCAGUUUUCUCUCUAUGUAAAUUGCAAUUUGAGCUUCAAUGGAAAUCUUUUUUCUUC